AUGUCAUUCUUAAACACAAUUAGGGGCUUUGGCCGCUCGACCAAGAAAAACAAGAAAGACUACGAGCCACAGAGCAUUUUAUAUCAAACACCAAGCGGGCCCACUCUGCCUCUUCGAAGACCCCAGCCUUCAGGAAGAACCUCUCCUUCCAAACAACGAGCUUCGGUUAUACAGUUUGCGCCACUGUCUCCCACGAAAAGUACAAGACAGUCCCGUGCUCGUCUGCCGCAAAGGAACUCGGCAUCUGGCGCUGAACAGACAACAGAAGAACUCCCUCUAUUUCUCUGUCAGCCGUUCGUAAAUACUGCUUUGGUCAAAGGUUCUUUCAAGACAAUUGUGCAGCUUCCCAAGUACGUCGACUAUGGUGAAUGGCUUUCGCUCAAUAUUUUCGAGAUGUAUGGAAAUCUCAAUCAGUUUUACGGUGUUAUUUCUGAGUAUGUAACUCCUGAACAAUAUCCCACCAUGAAUGCAGGGCCAGAUACAAAUUAUAUGUGGAAAGACAAUCUUGGCCAGGCCGUGAACCUUCCAGCCUGCCAAUACAUCGACUACGUGUUGACGUGGAUAUCUAAUAAGCUCAAUGACCAAAGCGUGUUUCCCACACGAAAUGGUGGCGCCUUUCCUCCCACGCUAGUCAAGGAUUGCAAAAAUAUCGCUAGACAAAUGUUUAGAAUAUUUGCCCAUAUUUAUCACAAUCACUUCGACAAGUAUGUCCACUUAUCGCUAGAGGCACACUGGAACUCCUUCUUUGCACACUUCAUAAGUGUGUGUAAAGAGUUCAAUUUGAUUGAGAGGUCGGAGCUUGCUCCAUUAUUGCCUUUGAUUGAAAACUUUGAGCAACAGGGGAAAAUCAUAUAA